AUGCGAACCGCCAAUUUAAAAAAAAAACAAGAAGAAGAAGACGAAGAAGAAGAAGAAGAAGAAGAAGAAGAAGAAGAAGAAGAACAGCAGUUCCUCUCCUGGACAGCAGGUGGCGGUCACACACUCGUCUCUCAUUUCCCGCUUCUGUCCCGUGACUUUCCAGUUAUACACAUGCUGAAGAUGUUCCGACAAUUUCUGGUCUGCAGACGGCAGAUCUCCAGUAGCGUCCGCAGACAGCUGGAGAAUAAAGUACCACAGAAUCAGAAAAUCUUUCAGGAAGCGAAUGGAAUGCCGGUUCAUCUAAAGGGAGGAGUCGGUGACACUGUUCUGUACCGGGCAACUAUGGGGCUCACAGUGCUGGGAACUGCGUGUGUCAUAUAUGAACUAUUAAAGGCAGCUGUCCCUCAGAAGAAGGACUGAUUUCAACUCAAGAACCUAUUUCUGUUAAAAUGUGAAGAUUUUUCCAGAAUAUAUUUUUAUUCUUUCAUUUGGAAGGGAAAUGGGACCAAAAAGAUCUGAGGAAAAUAAACCGUGCCUCUCAUAAACAGACAA